UUAUAACAAAUUUAAUAAUAUUAGUACUUCAGAAAGAAAAGCAUUAAGAAGAAUAACUAGAAAAGAAGCGGGACUUGAUGACUAUGUUAUUUAUUCAAUACUUAAUACCAAUAUUACUAUGGAAUUAGGAGUAGCGGUGGGUAUGAUAGCACGUAGCAUACUUGCACUUUAUAAUCAAUUAGUAGCAGAUCGAGCAAAGAAUCCUUAUAUUACUCAGUGGCAGAAUACAGGGGAAAAUAUAAUUGUUUUGCGAGGAUAUAAUCACAAGCAUUUGAAAUAUCUCGAAAGUGAAACGAAAUUUGCAGCUCUCGGUAAGCACGCUAUUUAUCAUCGAUGGUGUCACAAUCGUUUAAUGUUGGUAUUAUCAUUACUUGGUCGAAGGGAAGAUUUCGAAGAUAUUUUCGACGGACUUCCAUCUUUACGAAGAUGGUAACACACAAUAUUUUAACUAUUCUUCACCAAUUUAAAAUUAUUUAAUGCAAUAACUGCGAUGUAUCAAAAACGACAUACAUAUGUACAGUCAAGUUAGAAUUGGUCGUAGUGCUAAUAUAAUUUUAUAUGAAGAUAUUUGUAAUACUGCUACUGUCUUGUUCAUUAUCAUACAUUUAUUAUCAAAUUCUUACGGUACUCUUGUAUCGGUAGCUAAUAUUUCGUAGAGAAGUGAAUAUAUAGAGCGAAAGUUAUUUUUACAUACAUUCAAAUAGUUUAAGUUUGACAUAUUUAUAUAAUCUUUAUUUUAUAUAAAAAAGAGAGAUAUCAUUUCUAUGAAUGUGAAAAAACAAAAGUUGCUCAUAUGAUAAGAAGAUGCAAAGAGAACGGUCGGUAAGACUAAUGUACCGAUUGUAUUCCCGCGAAAAGAUGAUAAUGCCUCGCGAAGGGUUCAAAGAGUACUCUCGGUGGCCUAGCAGCGUGUCACGCAUACUCGAGUGAACGAUGAAGGAAGUAAAAAACGUGUUAAAGCGCAAAAGGUUGUGUGAGAGAAAGAGAGAGAGAGAGAGAGAGCAAAAGAGAGGCGGACGCCACGCCCGCCCCUCCAUGCCACGGCACGGCCGCAGAGGGAUGAGGGAGGAAGGGGGCGUUGGAGGAGAACGACUGGCAGUCGGCGCAGCCGCCCGCCGCGUUUUAUGCAACCAGUCUUGCUUCGGAGCGAGCGAACCCACUGCCCCGGCCUUUGACAGACGGGGUAACGUGUGCAGUGCCAUAUCGUUAUUGUCCGCCGUCGUCCGUCGGCCGGUCUCUCCGCCCGUGUCGUGCGUGCGCCCGCGGUCUCAACGGCGCGCGAGGGGGACCUGACGAUUCCGGGAUUCCCGCCGCGGUUUUUGAGGCAGGUCACGACGGACCCUGCCUACGAGCCUGGCGUAACAUCCUACCGCCGCCGUCCGUUUUCCCGUGCGCGCUGUGACUUUGCCGGCGAGGCGAAGACGAGAGCGAGAGCGAGGAGGACUCGGCGCGCCUCGAAAGGCGACGACGAGACGGUGGUGGUCGCCCGUUGUAUUGUAUAUCGCUCCCCUUGCCAGAGCUGCGCCACACGUACGAGUCACGAUCGCACCCCGUAGUGGUAACAGUGUGUAGGCUCGUGUCUGCCGAGAGAGUGUCAGUGCGACGGCGGUCGGUGGUGUCUCGACACAUAUACACACACACACAUACACGGGUGUUGGUAUUAUCCGCGUGUACUGUGUGUGCGUGCGUGCGUGCGUAUGUGCGUGACGUGUGCGUAAAGGCAGGAGAGUGCGACCGCGGGCCGGUGGUGAGCGUGCAAGAGAGAGGGACGGGCGCGACAGCGAUGCGGCCGUGAAUCCUCGAUACGUGGCUACGUUCACGCCGCGUGUACUCCGCACGGCGCAACGACAACAACGACAACGACAACGACGUCGAGGACGACAAAGACGUCGACGACGACGACGACGACGACGGAGACGGAGACGGCGACGGCGACAACGACGGUGGCGGCGGCGGCGACGGCGGCGACGACGACGGCGGUGACGACAACAACGACGUCGACGUACACGACAACGUUGGUCGGGCAGCUACGAUCGGAGCGACAGAAAAAGGCGCGCACUUACACGCGCUCCGAAUUAUCACGCAUUCACAUAACCGCAACGCGUCUUCUGACGCGUGCAGGUUCCUAGCUCGGUCGACUUCUUCGACCACCUCCUCCUCCUCCUCCUCGUCGUCACUAUGGCGGACGACGAGGUUCUCUUCGACGAUGUUUACGAGCUCUGCGAGAUUAUCGGCAAGUGAGUAACGUGAGAGUCCCAGGGAGGGCGAGAGCGAGCGAGCGAGCGAGCGAGUGGUGUGUGUAUGUGUGUGUAUGAGAGAGAGAGAGAAAGAGAGCGCAAGAAUCUGCGAGUAGGGUGUAAGAAGGGUACUGCGUGAGAGAGAAAGCGCGGUGCGAUUGGAUGAACGGCAGUGGGCGGAGGUACUUUGAACGUGUUGGUCGCAUGUGCGUCUGCAUGUGUGCGUGCGUCGCUCGAGCGUCUGCGCGUACGCGAACCUGUCAAGUACGGGAAAAUAAUACCCGUGUCACAUACGCGCUCGCGAAGCUCGUACAUACAUUGGCGUGACACGGGAACGAGUCGACGAGUGAAUGACGACGCGUGCAGAGUAGGCCGAAGAGAUGAGAGUCGAGUGAGGAAGACGAGACGGGCGUCGCGUGUGUGCACAUUCCCGUCGCCCGCUUCCGAUUUCCACCUUGGUCGAAUUCCAUCCAGCAUCUCGAACUCGAUCCCGCCACGCAUGCUUACGACGAUGAAUAAAACUGUUAAUCAUUUCCCGCUCAUUCCCGAAUCACGAAUAAAUUCGUAUGCUCUAUUCUUAAUUUCAAAUCCAUCAUGAUUCAAUCGGCAUACGUUUGAGAAUGAUGUGCUAAUAUCAAGUUGUUAAACAAUGAUUGAAUUGUAAACGACGGUGCUUCUUAUCGUGAUGUCAAACCUUUAAAAUGGAGUUGUUUAUAUAGAAAGAAUUCCUCAAUUCUGGAGAAUAAAUAAGUGCAUUCAAAGUUGAUGCAACGUAGAUGCUUGUUUCAAUAAGGCUUUGACGGUUCGUGUUAUAUCUUUUUCAAAAUAAAUGGUUUACUUGGCAUAUUGGCAACAGCCCAUUUGUCUGUCAGGUCUGUCUGUCGAUAAAUCAUUUAUCUGAGCCUUUACGUGUUCAAGGUAGACUUUCCCAAUUUGUGUGGGAAAGACGAGAUUAUUAUUACCUAACUCC